AUGCUUAAAAAGAAGACCCUGCAUCCUCCCAUACUCUUCCGACACCAUACUCCCAGCACCACCCCUGAGCUUUCUCCCACGUCUUCCUCAUCGGACAGCGAGUCGGACGAGGACAUGGACUCCUCCGGUUCGCGUCCGCUGAGUUUGACGGUUCCUCCGGGUGCUUUCUGUCCCAUGCGUCCCUCAUUAGAUGAGGUGCUGGCCAACACUGCACCUGCCCCAUACACCCUUAGUGCCUUUAUGGCCUAUCUCUCGCAGAACCACUGUCUGGAGACCCUGGAAUUCACUCUGGAGGCCAAGCGGUACCGGGAAACACACGAUGCCUUGAGCCGCCAGCUGAAUGAAUCGCCCAUCGUCACCGACUGCACCGGCAGCCAGCAUCUGCGUAUGCUCUGGCAGCGACUGUUGACCGCUUACAUUCUGCCCGGAUCUCCACGAGAGAUCAACGUCUCCAGCGAGGUCCGCGAUGACAUCCUUCGACACGCCAAUCUUCCUAACCCGCCGCUUCCCGAAACCCUGGACGCUGCCGUAAAACUCGUCCAUGAUCUGAUGGAGGAGUCGAUCUUUCUGCCGUUUCUCAACUCGCAUGCUUCGACCGCUCACGUUUUGCCGCUAUCGGAGCCGCUGUUUUCUCAGGAGGACGAUAUCACCGUCGUAUCGAACUCCAGCUUCGACGAGCACACGGCCAGUCGGGGCCGAUCGAAGAGGAGACGGCAGUCUCCCCAGUCUUCCAAGGAUCUGGGAUCGCCGGUGUCCGUCGGCUCUCCGCCUAGCCGCUCGAACUUCUCCUUGAGUGCAAUGACUUCCAUGGGUAAGGUCGGCCAUCGGACUUUGGGACAGGUCUCCAACGCCAGCGGAGAUUCCGGGUCUGGGGCCUUGACUGAUGACUCUGGAAGCUUGCAAUCGAGUGCCAGUGCAGGCGAACCAAUGACACCGCCGACUACGCCGCCCUCCAGCGAUCCUCACUGCAUGCACCUGGCCCACAGCCCGAAGCGCACCGACAACCCAUGGAAAAAGAUGGGACUGAAGUUGGGCUUCAAAAAGCGCUCGGGCCACGGAGGCUCCGGCAACCAACAUUUCAAGUUGUCUGGCAUGGACGAAUGA